AUGUUAAAUCUCCAAGACACGUCUGCGACGAACGGGCGACGUUAUUGCAAAUUACGACAGCGAUGCUUUGAACUGAAUUCUUUCUUUUUUCCACCCGGCACCCGGCACACCACCACCUGUACCCUAUUUUUAUCAUUUCUGCUAAUUUUGCGUAUUAGAAACUCAUUGAUGUCUCACUUCUAUAGCCAAUCAUUCCCAUGUGGAAUAAAAGGCGGGGAAAAUUUUUUCCUUUUCUUUCUUCUCUCCCUCUUCUUCUUUCUUCUUCCUCUUUCUUCACUUCAUUAUCUGUCGUCUUCCUCUUGUUCUAUUUCUUCUUUCUUCGCUAGUUCUUCGCUACUUCUUCUACUUCUUAUUUGUUUUCUUCAUUUUGUAUUUCUUCUUCCCUUUCGCUUUCUUCUUCUACUUUCUUCUUUUCCUUCUCUUUCGUCUUUUUCUUCUUCUUUUUCUUUCUUCUUUUUCUUUGUUCUUCCUCUUCUUCUUCAUACUCUCUCUCUCUUUCUCUUCUUUUAUUCUUUUUUUUUCUUCAUCCUCUUUUCUUUUCUAUCGUCAAUUAAUACAAGUGAUGGAAUCGAUUUUCCUUUCUACUCUAUCUAUCUAUCUAUCCAUCUAUCUAUCAAAAAUGUUCAUUACCUAUCUAUCUAUCUAUCUAUCUAUCUAUCACAAAAUGUUCAUUAUCUAUCUAUCUAUCUAUCUAUCUAUGACAAACUCUUCAUUACCUAUCUAUCUAUCUAUCUAUCUAUCUAUCUAUCUAUCUAUCUAUCUGUCUAUCUAUCUAUGACAAACUGUUCAUUAUCUAUCUAUCUAUCUAUCUUUCUAUCUAUGACAAACUAUUCAUUAUCUAUCUAUCUAUCUAUCUAUCUAUCUAUCAAAAACUGUUUCUUAUCUAUCAAUAUAUCUAUCAAUCACAAACUCUUCAUUACCUAUCUAUCUAUCUAUCUAUCUAUCUAUCUAUCUAUCACAAACUGUUCAUUAUCUAUCUAUCUAUCUAUCUAUCUAUCUAUCUAUCUAUGA